AAAAAGGAAAGAGCUUAAUAGAAGGAAGGAGGAGAGAGUGGUGACCAGGUCUCGUAGUUGUGGUUUCGUUUUGCAUUGCACGUUUCUUCUUCUUUCUUCGCUCCUCACUUUCUUCUUCUUCUUCCGCUUCUCCUCUAUUUUCUCUCUCUCUCUCUUUUUCUCUUUCUCCCAAAAGUCUCUCUUACGUUCUUGUCUCUCCCUUAAUAACGUUGCGCCUUUCUCCAUUUCAACCAUCACACAACUCUUCUUCUUCCUCCUCUCUCUCAAUUCGUGUUUUCCCAAAUUCUCAGCAAUCUGCAGCUAACUUGAUGAUUGCUGGCUACUGAAUCUUGAGUUUGUGUCUGGAGUUUUGUCUCAACAAUACCAAAGACCAUAAAGACUUUGAGGUGAUUUGAGUUCAGAUUCUUCUGAAUCUCCAAUGCUAAGUUUCUCUAGAGCUAGAAGUCAAGGAAGAAACACAAGACCUCUUGGAGGAGGGAUGGAAUACUUAGAACCUAAAAGGAAGAGCAAUGUAAUGGGCAAGAUUAUCUUGGUUGUUUCUCUUACUGCUUUAUGCAUUUUUAUGCUCAAGCACGCACCGAGUUUCACAUCACCAACCGCGUUCUCUCGUAGCGAGGAAGGUGUGACUCAUGUGUUAGUCACUGGUGGUGCUGGAUAUAUCGGAUCACAUGCUGCGUUGAGGCUCUUAAAAGAUUCAUACCGUGUAACCAUUGUGGACAAUCUUUCUCGGGGAAAUCUUGGUGCCGUCAAGGUUUUACAAGGAUUGUUCCCAGAACCCGGGAGGCUUCAAUUUAUUUAUGCUGACUUAGGAGAUGCCAAAGCUGUUGAUAAAAUCUUCUCAGAGAACGCGUUUGAUGCUGUUAUGCAUUUUGCUGCAGUAGCAUAUGUUGGAGAGAGCACUCUAGAUCCUCUAAAGUAUUACCACAACAUUACAUCAAACACAUUAGUAGUUCUUGAAGCUGUGGCUAGACAUAAAGUGAAGAAGUUGAUAUAUUCAAGCACAUGUGCCACUUAUGGAGAACCUGACAAGAUGCCUAUUGUUGAAGUUACUCCACAGGUCCCCAUUAACCCUUAUGGAAAAGCUAAGAAGAUGGCUGAAGAUAUGAUCCUGGAUUUCUCUAAAAACUCUGACAUGGCAGUCAUGAUCCUAAGAUACUUUAACGUGAUAGGUUCAGAUCCAGAAGGUAGACUAGGAGAAGCUCCAAAGCCCGAGCUACGUGAACACGGACGGAUUUCGGGUGCCUGUUUCGAUGCAGCUCGUGGCGUGAUUCCAGGCCUUCAGGUCAAAGGAACAGACUACAAAACAGGAGAUGGAACUUGUGUUCGUGACUACAUAGAUGUUACUGACCUUGUAGAUGCUCACGUAAAAGCUCUCGAGAAAGCUAAGCCUAGAAAUGUGGGAAUAUACAAUGUAGGUACAGGAAAAGGAAGAUCGGUGAAAGAGUUUGUGGAAGCAUGUAAGAAAGCGACAGGAGUAGAUAUCAAAGUAGAUUUUUUGCCUCGAAGACCUGGAGAUUACGCAGAGGUUUACAGUGAUCCAGCAAAGAUUCUGAGAGAUCUUAAUUGGUCUGCUCGUUACACUAAUCUUCAAGAAAGUCUUGAGGUUGCUUGGAAGUGGCAAAAGACUCAUCCCCAUGGAUAUGCUUCUUCUUAAAGACGACCAAGAAAGAAAAAAAAGUUUUAAU